UAACACUUCCAAUGGUUGCAUUUCCUUCAAAAGCCGGUUCUUUUUGGGUGUCUCACUUUUUCACUCACCAUUUUUUCCUUAUUCUAUUUGUUCCAUUGGUUGUUUAAUGAAGAAAUGAGAGACAGAAUGGAAAGAUUCGUUAUUCUUCCCUUCUCAGUUGGUUGUGUCUGUGAAUCAAGUGUGGCUGUAGCUGUGCAGCAGCCUAAAAGAUCAAAGCCUGCAGAUACCAAUUCAACUGCAAUAAGAACACGAAAGGAAGACGAAGAAAGUUUAUCGAGUGAUCAAAGCAUGAAGCAUUCAUUGAAAUUGCUGCCUCUUCCAAAGCCUGCCAUAUCAACUGGGUUUCAUAGGCUGUUCAAGAGUUUCAAGACUUUAUCUCAAUUCUUUGCCUACAAGGAAGAGAUGGAAGAGUCGGAGAAAGAUAUGCAAAUAGGAUUCCCAACCGAUGUAAAGCAUGUGACACACAUAGGAUUGGAUAUGGGCAGCUGGGACAACAUUCCUUCUCCUCCUCGCUUGUUCACUUUCCCCAUGGAAACACAGGCAGAAGCUGGCUCACCUCUUGUUCACGCAUCUACUAAGUACAAAAAGGCUUAACAGAUCAUCGAUUGUUACUCAGGUGAAACGAGGAUUGUCUUUCAGAUAAUAGUGAGGUGCUUGCUGAUGAUAAUUAGGUAUAUUUAAGUGCCAAAAAAUGGAUAAAAUUGUAAUGGAAUUCUUACUCCCCUUGUUCGUUUUGUAGUUGUUACAAAGCUUCAUAGUGGGUGUAUAAAGUUUAUAUGGACUGUUUUUAGUUAUCUAGUUUGUCUAUUUUCUUUUAAACUAUAAAUGAU